AGAAAAAAGGGCGCAGUAGUCGGAAGGCGAUGAACUACCUCAGCAGCACCCUGGUGCACGUCAUGCUAGCGGAGUCGGGGCUGCUUCCGAUGAACCUGCGGAUUGAAAGCUUGACAAAAAAAGAGCUGAUAAGGACGAUCUGGUUUAGGACACCUCUCAUGAAGUUCGUCGGUGCAACCAUGGACAGAGAAAUGGGCAACGAAUCUUUCCUAACCGAGGUGGCAGACAAACAUCUGGAUGUACUCUUCCAAGUGCACCCAUCGGACAGGGAGCUUCCAAGUUUAAUGAGAAUGCGCACCUUCGAAAGGGUAGAAAUGGACAGAAUAGUAGAAACAACAUUAGGAGAAAGGCUGAAGAAGGAGCGGACGGCACCCGAAGUGUGGCAAGCACUGUUCAAGGAAGCGUGCCAAACAAAGUACAAGCACCACAAAAAAAUCUUCACGGAUGCCUCAAAAAUGGCUACCGGAACGGCCAUAGCGGUAUUUGAUGAAACAGACUCGAACAACAUCACGGAGAGUAUCAACACGAAUUUCACGAACGCCGAACUAUUCGGCAUUCUGAAAGCACUGGAACUCAUCAAAAGAAAAGGAUACAGGAAAGCGGUCAUAUUCACGGACUCGAUGAGUGCAUGUGAGAUGAUACGGAAUGGACGAACAGUGGACAACAACUAUCUCAUCGGAGAGAUAUAUAAGGAUUUCCUGAAUAACACGGAAAAUUCGAUAAAGGUCCAAUGGAUACCGAGCCAUAUAGGAAUCCAUGGAAACGAAGUCGCCGAUCAGCUGGCAGUGGCCAAAACAUAGUAUGAGCAAUCGUACUACCAAGGAGUAACUGCUGGGGACGCGCUCAUCCUGAGCGCUAAAAAUACGUGGGAUGAGUGGAAUCGGAAAUACAAGGAAGUGUCGAAAGAGAAAGGAAGAUGGCACUUCCAAUUGAUGGAAAAACCGGGAAGACGGAUAUGGAGCAAGGAGCUUAUACUGAAUCCAAAAGAAGUGAAAAUUUUGAACAGAAUUAGAAGUGGACAUUGUUUGACGAAAGAAAGAAAGGCAAAAUGGGGUUGGGAAGAAGACGAACUGUGUGAAUGGUGUGAAGAAACUGAAAACAUCAAACACAUAAUCUACGAGUGCCCAAGAUACAACCAAAGUCGAACUCAGUUUCCAGCAUUGGAAUACAUGAAACCCCUAGAAGUGAUCCUACAAGAAGGCUGUGAAGAAGAAAUGAAACAAAUACUUAUUUUUUUGGAAGAGAUUCGCAUUUGAAAGGACAACCACACAUCCAACGAACACACCAGAGAAAAACAACAGAAGCACACCCAGAGGCGAGAUGGAGCAACGAUGGUCUUAGCCUGUCGUAAAGACAAAUACAAAAAAAAGAUAAGUAUUGCACUCAUUUCAAACAUAUUUUCACCAAAGUUUCCAAUAAUAUCAUGGAUGACAGUGCAAACAACAUUGAUUCCUUAAAUUAACGAAAAUUUUUUAAUUUUGGAACAUCAGUUUGAUAAUGACUAGUUAAUAAAACAACAGUAUAAACAGUUUUCAAAUGCGCUAUGCGAGAUAGGCAUUACCUUCGGACCAAGGCUUCGGUGGGUGGAUUAAUCUGCGUGGCGGCAGUUGCCAGCAUCCGAGCGAUGAAAUCAAAACAGAAAAGUGUUGCCGUUCAGGCGGCUGUUCACUCUUCGCUUCUCUACCUAUUUUCUCUGGUCUGGUCCGAUCUUUCCCAAAUUGGGAUCAUUGAUGCACAACUAGUUGUUAGACAAAAAUUUGAGACUGUUUCAUGCACUUCUAAAAAAUAAUUUCAAAUUUGAUAAUUUUGCCUGUCCCGAUCAUUUUGUCAAUCCUCUUGUGUAUACGCGAACGCGAACAGUUUUAUAUUUACUCUAUCUAUAUGCUUCUUCGUUACAUUGCCAAUACGCCCUUUCCAUAAGCAGCAUAUCAAUUUUGCUUCUGCCAUCGAGCUGUAUGUAAACAUUAUUAAAGUGAUAGCUCCUUGUUAUUUUUAUCGGUAUCGUAAAAUCGUAUUUUAAAGGUUUUCAAGUUGUACCCGAAAUCACAGCAAGGAAGGAAAACAUUGCUGGCAAGGUAAUAAUUGAGUCAUGAUUGAUACUGUAGGGUGCUAUACAGUGGUUCAUCAUACGCAUAAACUAUGGCUAAGGAACCCCCAUCUCCAAGUCAUAAAGUAUGGAAACCCGAAUUGUAUAAAAUUCAGCUCGAAGCACCCACACCUAAGGCAGUAUGCUGUGAGAGUCAACCCGUAACUCGUCCGGAUUUUUACAAUUUGGAAUACCACGGAACUAUGAAUCAUAAAGACUGCGAACACAUUUUGUCGGAAAAGCCAGAUGGAUCCUAUUUAAUUCGACGGAGCCCCGGAGCAGAGGACUAUUGGACCUUAAGCCUACGUUUCGGCGAGAAAACCAAACAUUUCAAAAUCUACUACACUCCGGAUAAGGGGCAUUAUCUCAGUGAAAAUUUCAAAAAGUUUGACACCAUCCACGACCUCGUGGCAGAUGGGUUGGUGGAUUUUUAUAUGCGUCUUCACGCCGGUCCCAUUAUACAGCAGAUGAUGUGCCAGACGAAGAAUUGCUACGAGCAAAGUCCAUACAUGACAUUGAAUCGGCGGAAGCUCAGGGCGCUUUCGAAUGAGUUGAGAAAAUCCUCAAAAUUAUCGAUGCUGAAUGACGACGCGACCGUUGGAAACGUUUUAGGUACGGAAUCGGAUAGCUUAACAGAAAACAUGGUUAUUGACCAGCCAAGUGAUGAUGUUCUACCGGAAAUCUACGAGAAAAACCAUUUGUUUAAAACCCAUACCUUCAAGGGACUGAACUGGUGCGAGUUUUGUGCUAAUUUUCUCUGGGGGUUCACGUCGCAAGGAGUUAAAUGUGAAGAUUGCGGUUUUGUAGCCCACAUCAAGUGCUCUGAACUGGUUCCUGCCAAGUGUGUUCCGGAUUUGAAGCGGCUACGAGGAAUAUUUGGUGUAGAUUUGACAACCCUGGUCACCGCCCACAAAUGCAAGAUCCCGUUCAUCGUCAAAAAGUGCGUCGAAGAAGUCGAACGCCACGGUAUGCUACAGGAAGGAAUAUAUCGAAUAUCUGGCUUUGCCGAUGAGAUCGAUGCUUUAAAAAUGGCUCUCGAUAAAGAUGGAGAAAAGGCUGACAUGUCGGUGCUAGCGUAUAGCAAUAUAAACGUCAUUUCUGGCGUUUUGAAGCUUUACCUACGACUGCUUCCGGUUCCAUUAAUUACAUUCCAUUCGUAUCCUGCUUUCAUGAGCUCUAUGGUGAACAAGACCAUAGGCGAACAGGUGCGAUCCUUACGGGAGGCCAUAAAGCUUCUACCGUUGGCUCAUUUCAAUUGUUUAAAAUACAUUCUAGAACAUCUCAACCGGAUUGCUUCUCACAAUGCAAUAAAUAAGAUGAAUGAAUCAAAUCUUGCCACAGUGUUCGCUCCAACGCUAAUAGCCACACCGCAACAUCUCACGGAUUUAUCCCAAGAGAUCAAUAUGCUCACAGCCCUAAUUACGCACUGCCAUACAGUAUUUCUGUAGAUUCUCGUUUAUAAUCAUAUUUUACAGCAAUCUCAUAUACUCACAAAAGACCACAAUAAUAUUCAACUAUCCGUACUAUUGGCUUAAAUGAUCAUUUAGGAAAGUCAAUUUUGCUUAUAUCAUUGAACAGAACAAAUUAUAUUUUUUUCUCUAAAUUCUCACAAUGUUCUCAAUUAUUAUCCGAAAUCAUGAAAAUUUUUGCUAUUUUGUGAUAGCGUAAAAAGUAACACCCGUAGGUUUCUAGAGCCCUUGGAAUUCCCAACAGGGUAAAAAACUUUAUAAAACGACUUGUGCCUAGUUGGGAUCAGGUGUUACAUCAACCAUUGUCCAUCACAGCUUAUUGUGACAGGAUAUUUGACUAGCACCAAAUUAAAUAUGGGUCAUACCACAAUACCUACAUCCUAAAUAAUGGAUGCAGUGAUUAAAAGGCUCUAUAGAUGAGGGAAAAAACACCCGUAGAAUGCGUACGGAUGCUGUACUCAGAUUCUUCGUUGACUUUGAGUAUUGUGCUGAAAUAUAUGUUGUGUUUUUUUCUUGAUAAAAAUAAUUUAUGAUAAACACAUUUUUUUUUUCAAGCGUUGUGGUGAAAAAUAUUAAUUGCGCAAAUGCCCAUUUUCCUGAAAAAAAUAUCAAAACAAAGCGAACAUUCUUCGUAAUAUAAAUUUUAUGUUGCACUUAUAAAAACAUGUGCUGAACCCUCCUUGUGCAUUGAGGUCAUUUUUUUAACCAAAUCGUUCACUACGUAAGCGAGCUGUGCUCAACGUGAUGCAUUAGGAAGGGUAUUUUUUAGGUAAAAGUCCCCAUUAAAUUACUAUUUUAAUGACUUUAUGCAGUAUCUCCAUAAUUUAUUAGGGUGGGGCGGGGCAAGAUGGGUCGCAUAAGGAUGGAUCACCAUAACUUCGUAAAUACAAAUCGGAUUGGUUUGCAUUCGUCCGCUACUCUUUAAUACACUAGUUAGCUAUGCUAAAAGUCGAUAAAAAGUUCAUUAAAUACAAAAUAUGAUGUUAAACAAGCAGUUUUAAAAAGUGAUCGAUUUUGUGCCGUGAAAAAAGUGCGGGGCAAGAUGGGUCACCUUUUAAGUAAUUAACAU